GUUUGUUUCCUGGUACAAACUAUUUUAGAAAUUCAACUUUUACUUUCACUAUGAGUAAACGUCGUUUUGAGUAUUGGCUGGACAACGAGGUUCACUAGCCAAGGGUGAGUUUUCAAAGCUGUAAACACAGUAUGAUUCAUAUAAAUAAUUUUAUACUGCAACAAGUAAUAAAACAUCUAGUUUAAUACUGUAAUACAGAGGGAAGGGGCUGAAUAUAGCCAGUAAUUGCUGUAAUGCGGAGGGAAGGGGCUGUAUAUAGCUAGUUAAUGCUGUAAUACAGAGGGAAGGGCUGUAUAUAGCUAGUUAAUGCUGUGAUACUGAGGAAGGGGCUGUAUAAAGCUAGUUAAUGCUGUAAUACGGAGGGAAGGGCUGUAUAUAGCUAGUUAAUGAUGUAAUACGGAGGGAAGGGGCUGUAUAUAGCUAGUUAAUGCUGUAAUACAGAGGAAGGGGCUGUUUAUAGCUAGUUUAAUGCUGUAACAUCAGGGGUGGGAGGGGGCUGUAUAUAGCGAGUUAAUGCUGUAAUAUGGAGGAAGGGCUGUAUAUAGCGAGUUAAUGCUGUAAUAUGGAGGAAGGGCUGUAUAUAGCGAGUUAAUGCUGUAAUAUGGAGGAAGGGCUGUAUAUAGCUAGUUAAUGCUGUAAUAUGGAGGAAGGGCUGUAUAUAGCGAGUUAAUGCUGUAAUAUGGAGGAAGGGCUGUAUAUAGCUAGUUAAUGCUGUAAUAUGGAGGAAGGGCUGUAUAUAGCGAGUUAAUGCUGUAAUAUGGAGGAAGGGCUGUAUAUAGCUAGUUAAUGCUGUAAUAUGGAGGAAGGGCUGUAUAUAGCGAGUUAAUGCUGUAAUAUGGAGGAAGGGCUGUAUAUAGCUAGUUAAUGCUGUAAUAUGGAGGAAGGGCUGUAUAUAGCGAGUUAAUGCUGUAAUAUGGAGGAAGGGCUGUAUAUAGCUAGUUAAUGCUGUAAUAUGGAGGAAGGGCUGUAUAUAGCGAGUUAAUGCUGUAAUAUGGAGGAAGGGCUGUAUAUAGCUAGUUAAUGCUGUAAUAUGGAGGAAGGGGCUGUAUAUAGCUGGUUAAUGCUGUAAUACGGAGAAAGGGACUGUAUAUAGGUAGUUAAUGCUGUAAUAUGGAGGAAGGGGCGUAUAUAGCUGGUUAAUGCUGUAAUACGGAGAAAGGGACCGUAUAUAGCUGGUUAAUGCUGUAAUACGGAGGAAGGGACCGUAUAUAGCUGGUUAAUGCUGUAAUACGGAGAAAGGGACUGUAUAUAGCUAGUUAAUGCUGUAAUACGGAGGAAGGGACGGUAUAUAGCUAGUUAAUGCUGUAAUACGGAGGAAGGGACCGUAUAUAGCUAGUUAAUGCUGUAAUACGGAGGAAGGGACGGUAUAUAGCUAGUUAAUGCUGUAAUACGGAGGAAGGGACCGUAUAUAGCUAGUUAAUGCUGUAAUACGGAGGAAGGGACCGUAUAUAGCUAGUUAAUGCUGUAAUACGGAGGAAGGGACCGAAUAUAGCUAGUUAAUGCUGUAAUACGGAGGAAGGGACCGUAUAUAGCUAGUUAAUGCUGUAAUACGGAGGAAGGGACCGUAUAUAGCUAGUUAAUGCUGUAAUACGGAGGAAGGGACUGUAUAUAGCUAGUUAAUGCUGUAAUACGGAGGAAGGGACCGUAUAUAGCUAGUUAAUGCUGUAAUACGGAGAAAGGGACUGUAUAUAUCUAGUUAAUGCUGUAAUACGGAGGAACGGGGUGUAUAUAGCUAGUUAAUGCUGUAAUACGGAGAAAGGGACUGUAUAUAGCUAGUUAAUGCUGUAAUACGGAGGAACGGGGUGUAUAUAGCUAGUUAAUGCUGUAAUACGGAGAAAGGGACUGUAUAUAGCUAGUUAAUGCUGUAAUACGGAGGAAGGGGCUGUAUAUAGCUAGUUAAUGCUGUAAUACGGAGGAAUGGGGUGUAUAUAGCUAGUUAAUGCUGUAAUACGGAGGAAGGUACUGUAUAUAGCUAGUUAAUGCUGUAAUACGGAGGAACGAGGUGUAUAUAGCUAGUUUAAUGUGGGAGUUGUAUGGCCAUUAAUGAUAUACCUUUUGGCUACUCCUGCUCUGUAGAGGGCCCCCACACAAUUCUUGCACAAGAACCCACUAUUUAUUAGUUCCUGCACUAAGUAGAAAAAAUGCAGAUAAGCUCUGGCGCUGUUUCAUGUAAAACGCAUAGGCAGAGAAUGUACUGAGGGGAAAAGUGAUUUAACUCCUAAAUGAACGAGAAUUCUGCAGCGUCUAUACUUCAAAACUGCUUCAUUAAGCUACGGUUGUUUUGAUGCUUAGAGUGUCCGCUUAAUUAUCAACAAAUUAAACGCAGAUUGUCCGGCAUGGCAGUCGGGUGGUACAAUCAUUUAGAAACUGGCGUGGGAAUCAGGAAACACAGGAGGAUUUUAGUUGAAGGCCUUUUUGCCCUUAAUUUUUUUUUUAUUAAUACUUAUUUUAUUAAAAUAGCUUUAACCCCUUAAGGACACAUGACGUGUAACAUGUCAUGAUUCCCUUUUAUUCCAGAAGUUUGGUCCUUAAGGGGUUAAACAUGAAGGUCUGAAAUGUUUUUCUCGUACUAUUAAAUGACAGAUUUUUAAGGGUGUCUUCCAGAAUUGGGGGUUUCUCUUUAUGACUGAAAGAUGGGAUAUGGGUAAUUUUGUUUAUAUUGCCUGUUCUAUGUAAGUUUUUUUUUUCCUUUCCUUACAGUAAAAUAUGGCAGUAUCUGCUAAUAAUCAAGAGAUACGGAAGAGGCUGUCUGAAUACACCCCUGGGUCCACUCGAUAUCUGGUAGGACAUGGAUACAGACGAGUAUGUGUGCAGCUCUUUGGGAUGGCAGGACACGGUAAAUCAUCCCUUAUUAACUCCUGUGUGUGCGUCAUGUAUGACAAGGAAUUCGAGAAUGUGGCGAAUGCGGGAAAAUCCAGUAAUCCGAUUACCAUGGAGAGAAGAGAAUUUAAACUGCAAAGAGACGUGUGCAUCUCAGAUAACCGUGGUGUUAAUAAACUAACCAAAGACGAAUAUCAUGAAGUUACAGCUCAACUAUGUAAGUAAAUAGAAUGGAUGGGACUGUGUGAAUUUACCGCGGGUGUGCGAGUCAAGACUGUGUGGCUCUAACACAGCCAUUAUGGAUGCUGGGUAGCGCCACAUAUUAUCUGUGUUAGAGCACAAAGAUAGGGGAGAAGAGUAGCAGUGGCCAAAAGACCCUGCACCAGGAAAGGGACCCCCCACCGCCCAAGGACCCCGCAAGCCGCCAGUCCGCCCCAUGGGCAGGUUUAUAGAUGAGCACUAGGAUACUUGAAACCAAAAUGGUCCCAGAAAGACCUUUUAAAGAGUAGCAAGGCAUCAAUGAGUGGGGGAAGGUAAGACAGAUAAGCCUAGCUGUGUGUUAGGGUCGCACUGGAGCGACUGGUAAUCUAUGUUUGUAUGACACUAUGUCCAUUGCCAGCCUUAUAUCUAAGCAUUUGGAAGCCUUUAAUGAGAAGGAAGUUUUAAUGUUGAUCUCAUAGAUCCCAGACGCUAGCUAAUUGGUUCUGCUUUCUAGAAACAGGGUUAAUCACCAAAGUGAGAAUUUAAAGUGAAUUUCAAAUUUAAGGUGAAAAUAGUUGAAGCGAAGAAAUUCCCUAAGUCAGCCAGCAUUGCUCAGUCCUGAUACUCUGGCUUUACAUUUGAAAUACAUUUUCUAUUGACUCUGAAAUCUGACUGUGUUUUUUACACAUUGGUGUUUUAUUUAUAAAUAAUAAUUUCUAACAUGAUUCGUUCAUUUUUAGGCAAGCUACGGAGUGCAAGAGAGGUGAAUUGGGAUAAUGAUCUGGAGCAUGCAAUCAAUAAUUUUCUGGAAAGAUUAAACAAUCCUCCAACAGAGAUAAUCGUGCCAGUGCUUGUUUGCAGGUAUAAUAUCAAAUAUAGUUUUUUAAAGGGACACUCUAAGCACCAAAACAACUUUAUCUCCAUGAAGCAGUUUUGGUGUAUAGAUCAAGUCGCUGCAUUCUCACUGCUCUAUUCUCUGCCAUUUAGGAGUUAAAUCACUUUGUUUAUGCAGCUUGGCUGCACCUUCCUUGGCUGAGACUUACACACUUCCUGUUAGUUUGUUUUUUUCCGGUUUAGAUGCGUCUGCGAGGGAAUGUUACCAUGUACCAGUGUUGUAGAUAUGCAUCGAUCCAAUAUAUAACAUAUUUAACUAGAAAAGCACAGCGAUGUUUGUAUAAAAGAGGAUGGGACUAUGUAUAAGGGCGCUGAAUGACUCUACAAGUGAGAAGUCAACUAUAGGCAUGUCUUAGGUCACUUUAUUGCUUAAAAAUUUUUUCUCUUUAGAGUUUUUAUUGCACGAAAAAAAAUUGCGAAUACAUUUCCUUCUGUUUAUAUUUACAAUACAUUUUCAGAUCUCAUAAUUUGGAUUAACGGUCCAUGACAAAACUCACAGCUAAGGGUUUAUUUGCUAAACAGUGAGUUGUAGCAUGUUGACAGCAAACUAAAAGCGGGGUUGGAAAAAAUAUACCAUUUGGCUAAAUGGUGGAGUUUAUUCUUUCUUAAGCUUGCUACUUUGAUCUAAAUUCUUCAUGUUGUUUGCCAGCUGAUUAUAUGUCAUUACUUGAAUAAAACGUCAAUAGAUUCAUGCUUUGCAGCAGAAAUUUCGUCUGAUUUGUUUCUCCUUUGUUGUUACAGUGCUGCAUGGUUUCUUAACGAUGAGACCGUUGAACAAAUCUUGCCUUUUCUGACAGAGACUAAAGAAAUAACAGGUACAGUUAACGAGGAAUUAACGAGGCCGAACAGAAACUGGCAUUUUAAUAAAGACCUUGAAAUGCUUAAUUCUUAAAAUGUAUGUGUCUUAUUCAAUAAGAAGCAAACUGUAGUAAAUUGAAAACUGAGAUGCAAAAUAAAAGCACUAAACAGUGCCUCUGCAAAGGAUGUUGUAUAUUUAUAUUUGUAUUAUUGUUAAUGCAUGAGAUAUAUAAUGCAUUAAACAAACAUGGGUUAAUUUCUCACACUAGUUUCCCUUUAACAGCCUCGUCCCAGAAGUGUCUUUAGCAGCAUGCACACAGUUCACAAAAAAAAACCUACUCGUAACAGUGGUAAAUAAACAUAAAUCUCAGCUAUCUCGUGUCCCUGCAGUUGUUAUUAUUUCGUAGCGCUGGGAUGCAGUUAGCAUUUCUUUAAUGUAGUGUCCUACCUUAUCCACUAGUUGGCAGGAACAAGGAAAAUAAUCACAGUGCAGAUUCUAACCGGUAUAUUAUAGCGAGUGUUAGAGAGUACUGAGAACCCACCGAAGGGCAGGCUAAUUGAGCUGUUUUCUCUUCUCAGUAUUCUCUCUUGCGACUUAUUUUUAGGUUUCCAUUUUUUGUUUUAAUAAACUAGUCAGUUAUAUAUAUAUAACAUACAGAGAUAUCAUUUCUAAUUAGUUGGGUAAUAGCUGCUUGAUCCAAGGAGACAUCUGACUGCUAUUUUGGGGUCAAGAAGGAAUUUUUUCAGCUAUGUAAAUAAAUAUAUAUGUAACAAAAUAGCGCCUUAAUGUGGUAUCCUAAUUAGAGAAAUCCCACCUCAGGGAACUAAAUUAGGGGAGCCAUCUACUAAACAGCUUGCCAAUUUGGUAUCCUAAGUAGGGGAAUAAUUUCAAAUGUUUUUCAAACUAAUGAGCCACCUACUAAACGGUGCCCUAAUUUGUUAUCCUUAAAUAGGGGGAUCCUACUUGAAGAUACCAGAUUAGGGAGCUAUCUACUAAACAGCUCCCUAUAGGGAAUAACGGAUGUCUGAAUUUCUGACAAAUGUUAUGUCAUUUGAAACAAUAAUUGCAGAAUUUUUCUGAAACAAAUUUUGGAAUUACAGAAACCAUUCUGAAAACAAAUAAUUUGUUUUCCCAUACUCAUGUCUAGUUUACAUCGUAGAUUCUCUGCAUUAAAUUCUGCCCAAGAACCUGGCUUCUGUUUAGCUCAACAUAAAACUAGCGCAGGCGGGAUGAUUUCUGUGCAUGUUCUCGAUUCCUGCUUUCUAGUAUUUAGAUGAAUGUUGUUUUUUUGUCUCUUCCUCUUUUAACAGGGAUCUUUCCAAUUAUUGUUCUUACUAAAUAUAAAAAUAUGGAAAUUCAGGCACAGGAGACGUUAAGGAUUUUUAAGAAUCGUGGAGCUAAUCAUGUAAUUCACAUCGAAAACUACACGACUACAGAUUCCAGGCGCAAUUUGGAGAAAGACACAAAUAUUCUGAAAUUUGUGGAGAUCUGCCUGGAGGAAGCGGACCGCAUCAUUUUCUUGAAACUGGGUAAAAGCCCACUGGAAGACUUUCUAAUGCAUGCCGUCAAGCAUAUCAGGGCAAUAUCGAAGAGAGAAAUUGAAAAAAAAGAUGAGGAAAUAGAGGAUUUGGAGCAAAAAAUUAACGAACACAAAGCCAGUGUGGCAAAAGAAAUGGAAAAAAACGUAAAAUUGAAAAAAGAACUAGCGAAAUUAAAGACAAAGAUGGGAAAAUCAUAAUUUUAUAGUUAGAUGUUUAUUGAUAAAUUGUUGAACAACAUCACACAUUUAAUAAAUUAAAUAUAAUAUAAUACAGAUUUUUAUGAAAACGUGUCAUUUCUUGGAAAGGAAGGAAAAUGGUGAGGAGGUUUAUUUUGAGUGGCUCAUGGGAGAAGAACAGAAAACGAAAGGUUAAAAAGCAAAGAGAAUAAGGGAGAGAAAUGAGUGAUAGGAUUGGAGAGAUAGUUGAAAGUUUAUUGGAGAAAGAGAGAGUCUUUGGUUCAGAUGCCAACUAGCUCAGGGUUAGGGAGAUUUAUGGAUGGAGAUAAAAGUGAAAAAUGACAAAUUGACGUCUGCAAUGUAACUUUUUUGCUUAACGACAGGAGUUAAC